GAAGGAACUGCAUCCUAGUACAACAGACAUGCUUUGGUCUGGGACUCGACCUGCGCCGGCGCCUCGGUUAUGAUGGCUCGAUAUGCACCAGCAGCACCGGUCGGGCGGCGGACUUGCACCAUGCCAGUGGCGGGCUUUAGGAUAUCCCCUUCUCUUGGAGCAGACACUAUCACGUCACUGCAGACACAUAGUUACAAUGUCGUUCCUUUUUAUUUUUUGUUUAUUCUAUUCUAUCUUUCCCUGGUUUACCGCCAUCUUUACCGCCACUGAGUUGACGAAGGCUGGGAGGUCGCAAACUCAAUCACCUUUGAUGUUGUACAACGUCGGUUGCUUCAUCACGCACGUACGGUGCAGAAGUCGGUGACGACAGCUGCUGAUGAGUAUCUGCUUCUGGGCCAUGAAUGACCCGCCGGACUUCCGGUUCUGAACCAUAGGCUAUCCUGGACGGCAUUUCUUUACUCGAAUCUUGGAAUCCCGGUCGCAUGUGAACAUGGAACAUGACCUGAAUCAAGUGGA